AUGCGAGCGGCGGCGCGGGAGCGGGCGGCGCGGGGCGGCGCGGGGCGGCGGGAGCGGCUGCGGCUGUACGACGGCUGGGCCGGCCUCUACGAGCAGGAUGUGGCGGCGCUGGAGUACCGCGCCCCGCACUUGGCCGCCGCUUCACUCGCUUUCGCCUUCCCCGCCCCGCCCGCCGGAGCGCGGCUGCUCGACGUGGGCUGCGGCACCGGGCUCGUAGCGCGGGAGCUCCGGCGCCGCGGUUUCCGCUGCCUGCACGGCGUGGACGGCAGCGCGGGGAUGCUGGAGCGGGCGCGGAGCACCGGCCUCUACCGGCAGCUGCAGCGGUGCGUCCUGGGCCAGGAGCCGCUGCCCGCGCCCUCAGAGCACUACGACGCCGUGACGGCCGUGGGAGCCCUGAGCGAGGGGCAGGUGCCGAGUGUGGCCGUGCUGGAGCUGCUGCGGGUCACCAAGCCCGGAGGCUUCCUCUGCCUGACGACCAGGAGCAACCCCUCCAACCUGCGCUACAAGGCGGAGCUGGAGGCGCUGCUCAAGAGGCUGGAGAAGAAUGGAGCCUGCCAGAAGGUCCUGGCCCAGGAGGUGGAGUACUGGGAGAGAGCCACCUCCGAGGAGGAGAGCACCAAGGGCACUGGCUACAUCUCUGGGGUGGUCUACAUCUAUCAGAGAUGCCGCCUCCUGCCCCUGGAGGAGAGCUGAGAGCUGCAGCAGCUCAGGGAGGGGGGUGAGCACUUGGCCCCUUGUGAAACGCAGCCCAAGGGCAGCUGCUGGGAGGUGCCUGGUUUUGGGGAGCUUCCCCAUUCCCUUCCCUGGCUCCUUCCCCUCAAGGUCUGAGCCCUGGGGACUUUGCCUGCUCCACGUGGGGGAGGUCUCCCAGCACUACCAUAAGCUGUGACAUUCAGGUACGGUCCCCAACACCUUGGCCUUCCCUGUGGCAUCUUGCAGCCCCACCUGGCUCCUCUGUUGCCUCCCACCCAGGAUGUGGUUUCCCUGCUGCACCCACCUCUCAGCCCUUACGGUCAAAAUCUGGUUCCUUCAUUUCCCCCAGCCUGUGAUCUCCCCUGUGAUCUUUCCUGGGGGACUGUUGGAGGUGGAUCCCCAUCCCCAUCCUCCCCAGGAGUUACCAAGACACCCCCAGGCCCAAAGCAGGAGCAGCUGUGCCAAGAUGACGCCCAGCCAGAGCAGCUUUUCCCAGCACCCAUCAGCCUUUCAUCCCACAGCAGCUGCUGAAGCCUCUGAUUUUCCUGUGGCUUUGUAGCUGAUGCUCUGGGUGGGAAUCGAGGCUGGAAGGGACUUGCAGGAGCCAGUGGCCUCUCCCCAGCCAGGGGCUGCCUGGCAUCGCCUGCCCUGCCUGUUCCCCGAGCCCCUGCCAUGCUGCCUCCGCCCUUCCUCCUCCACUGCUCCCUUGGGAAGUUUCUUACCCAAAUCUCUCGCUGGGAUGUUUGGUUUUGUUUCCUUUUCUCUUCCCCCAGACUGGUUCCUGCUCAUCCUGUUCCCAUGGCCCUGGGCAACAGGUUUCUUCCUUCCACUUGAGAGCCUUUCCCAGGCAGGAGGUCGUGGCUGCGUCUGUCCCUGUCCCCCAUCCUGGGCCAUCCCUCAUCUCUCACCCUCACCAUGGCUCUUGUCACCUCUCCACAUUGCUCCCCCUCAGGUCUUGGGGUCCCUGUGCCUGUCAGGGGUAGCUGCCCUGCUACCCUCUCCCCCUGAUUGUCCCCAGCACUGUCCUCUGGGCAGCCAGGAUUCGUGGCUGUCCCCAUCCCUGCACUUGUUGAAUAAACCCU